AAUGCACAAUGACAACAUUCAUCACUUGGCAACUAAAUAACAUUGCACAAUAAUAUUUAUACCGUCAUUACUUUCACUUACUACAAACUAUAACUAUUCUUAGACUUUCUUAGGUUGGCAACACUGAUGUUGCACGAGCUUUUGACAUCUCAAGCAAAUUGUUAGGUUAUAUACAUAUUUGCAUGUAAAUAUUUUUAAAAUUUAAGAAGAUGACUGAUAACACAUAGGAAAAUGCCGCAAAAUGUCCAAGAAAACACGGCCAGUGAACCCGCUCCACUGUUUGAUCGCUAUCACAAUUUCCACGUUUAUAAUCAUCGUUUUAAUUCUAUUAUUCCUACUUCCAGGUGACCACUGCAAUUGUCCCAGCAAUAGGACAGAAUAUAUAAUAGAGAAACAAGUACUCACAGCAUCAACCAAAACCUUUGACAGCGCACAUAAUCUGGCUGUCCUGGUGCCAUUCAGAGAGCGCUUUGAUGAACUGCUAGUCUUCGUGCCAUACAUGAGAAAGUUCCUCCAUGAUCAGCAUAUCAACCAUCAUAUCUUCGUGAUCAACCAGGUGGAUUCCUAUCGAUUCAAUCGCGCGUCAUUAAUAAACAUAGGAUAUUUAUACACAAAAACAGAUUAUGAUUAUGUUGCAAUGCAUGAUGUUGAUCUGCUGCCGUUAAAUAAGAAUUUAAGCUAUGGUUACCCACAUGAGCAGCCGUUUCACGUCGCUGCGCCGCAUCUUCAUCCACGCUAUCACUACGCGAACUUUGUCGGCGGUAUUUUAUUAAUUAACAGGGAUCAUUUUAAGUUAGUGAAUGGAAUGUCAAAUAAGUAUUGGGGCUGGGGAUUGGAGGAUGAUGAAUUCUUCGUGCGUCUGCGCGAUGCGAAACUCGGCGUUACGCGUCCCACAAACAUCGCCACUGGUAUCAAUGAUACUUUUAAACAUAUUCACCCUGCGCAUCGUAAACGUGACACAGCAAAAUGUUUCAAUCAACGUGAUGUGACGCGCAGGCGCGAUAGGCAAACCGGUUUACACGAUGUCAACUAUCGCCUGAUAGGUGUUUCUAGUUUAACCAUCGAUGGUGAACCGGUGACGAUUAUCAACGUUGAAUUGAUCUGUGAUCGAGCUGUCACUCCGUGGUGCGACUGCAGCGCCAAAGCGGGCAAUAAAAACAAGACAUGAUAGAUUAACAGCGUCAAUUCAUCUUUUUCACAACCUUUUACAAUAAGUCUAACAAGAAGACAUUCACAUGUUUACAAAAUCACAGAUGUGUUCCUCCAUUUUGUUUUUUUGUUUUAAAACCUCAUCUAGACAUCUUUGAAUUUAAAGCUAAACACCGUUUAUUUACACUUUUACAUCUAGUAUGAUGGGUUGCAUACGUUUUCAUCUAGAGUAGGCAUGCAGGACGCUCUAAUAAUGCCUGAAACAGAAACAUUUAUCAUGCAACACUUAUUAGAUCAACACCAAUAUCGGAUGCAAACGUGCAGCUACUUUUAAUUUUAUUAUGUGCUUGAAAUAUUUGUGUGUGUGAACAUUAUUGUCCGAGUUUCAAGUCAAGUUUUGAUUUUACACAUGCAGAAAUUGUAGAAAUUCGAAAAAACGCGUCAAAAUAAAUCAAAAUACUUGCAUAUUAUGAAAAAAUAAAUCAAAAUACCUGGAAGAUUUA